AUGGUGAGGGACAUAUAUAAGGGUCAAGAAUUGAUUGAUGUGGUGUUUUCUUGGUCUCUGGCUGACGUUCUUAACAGAAAUCUGUACAAUGGAAAGGUAACAGAGAUUCCCAAGACAUUUUCAUCUGUCUCUGACUAUACCAAGUCUUUCUUCUAUCCGCUUCUUGAAGAAAUACAUGCGGACUUGCUAUCAAAGAUACUAGAAGUCAACCGUUCUCCUACUGCUGAGAUUGUUAGUGUGAAAAAGUCCAAAGGUUUAUUAUACACCAUUAUGCUUAAGAGGCAUCAAGGAUCUUAUGUACCUGUGGUUGGAGAUCUCAUUACUUUGACUGAUGUAAGGCCAAAAUCUGUUGAUGAUCUGAAGAAGCCAAACAAGUCUUUCCUCAUUGCUUUUGUGCAAGACUGUAUCCUUAUGAAGAAAUCAGAAUGUCAACUUUUGGUUUUGUCAUCAAAGCCAAUCAAUCAACAAGAGGAUGAAGAUACUUAUAGUGGGAACGAUGUAAAACAUUUUGCUGUUCACCUUACAAGUUUGACAACAUAUAUUGGUAUUUCGCAAGCCCUUCAUGCAAACCUAAAAGGUGAUACACUGAAGAUGAUUGAAUCUGUGCUCCGAGUUGACUAUUCUGUUGAAGUAAAUUGUGCUGAAUGUUCAGUUGAUACAACUAGAGACAUGAAUUUAGAAAAGAUGAGGGAAGCUCUCAAAUCAUUUCAGCUUAAUAGUUCUCAAGAAGCUGCUGUUUUGAGCUGCAUUGCUACAAGAGAAUGCAGUCACCAAAAAACAUUAAGGUUAAUAUGGGGACCUCCAGGGACUGGAAAGACAAAUACUAUUGGUUGGUUAUUAUUUAUGUUGCUGAGGAUGAAAUGCAGAACCCUGACUUGUGCUCCUACGAAUAUUGCAGUUGUAGGAGUUACCAAAAGAGUUUUGAGCUUGGUGAAGGAUUCAUUGCUAUAUGGUACUUAUGGUUUAGGAGAUAUAGUUUUAUUUGGUGGAGAAAGAAUGAAGAUAGACGAUUGUAAAGACCUUUCAAACGUAUUCUUAGAAUUCCGUGUCAAGAUUCUUGCUGAUAGUUUGAGAGAAUGGAAAGAUAUCAGUGAGUGGAUGAUUAGUUUCCUUGAGGAUCCUCAAGAGAAGUACCACUUAUGCUCAACAGAGAAGCAACAUGUUAUGCCUUUUCAGCAGUUUGUGGUGAAGGAGUUCAGCUUCUAUGGAAAUCGUCUUAUAUCUUGUAUUGAAAGCUUGUACAUGCAUAUGCCAACAUCUGUCAUUUCAGCUGAGGCAGCUAAACAAAUGAAUGUGCUUGUUCAUUCUCUUAAAGUUCUUGAAGAACUAAUGACACAAACAGUUAUUUGUGAAGACUUGAAUCGAUUAUACGAUUCAAGCACAGGAGUAAUUGUUAGUUUAGAUCGCUGUAUAAUGUCAUGCCUUGAGAUACUCGUAUACCUUCGAAGCACACUGUGUUUUCCAAAAUUUGAGAAAGAUUAUAAAAUUAAAAAAUUUUGUUUGGCGAAUGCCUGUUUGGUAUUUUCCACAGCAUCGAGCUCCAUCAACUUGAGUUAUGGGACAAAACCUUUGGAGUUUCUUGUCAUUGAUGAGGCUGCUCAGCUAAAGGAAUGUGAAUCUCUUAUACCUUUGCAGCUUCGAGGUCUUAAACAUGUUAUUCUAGUUGGGGAUGAAAGACAACUCCCAGCCACAGUUCAAAGCAAGAUUAGUGAGGAGGCUGGAUUCGGAAGGAGCUUAUUUGAGAGGCUUGUAUCCCUAGGGCAUAAGAAGCACCUUCUUAAUGUUCAAUACAGGAUGCAUCCAUCCAUAAGCCAGUUCCCAAAUAGGGAAUUCUAUGACAAACAAAUCUUCGAUGGUGUGAAUGUCAAGAGCAAUGGUUAUGGGAAGCGUUUUCUCCAAGGAAGUAUAUAUGGGUCGUACUCUUUUAUAAAUGUAAGUUCUGGUAGAGAGGAGUUUGAUAAGAGUCAUAGCAUGAGAAAUAUCAUGGAAGCGGCUAUUGUGGCUGAAAUCAUUUCAAAUCUCUAUAAAGAAUCUGUUUCAAGAAAACAAAGGGUAAGCGUUGGUUGCAUAUCACCAUAUAAGGCUCAGGUAAAUGCAAUACUGGAUAAACUUGGCAAUAAGUAUAUGGAUUCUGAAGAUUACUUCUCUGUGAAUGUCCGAUCUGUUGAUGGCUUUCAAGGGAGUGAGGAGGAUGUAAUUAUUAUAUCCACAGUGAGAUGUAAUGGUAGAGGGUCUGUUGGUUUUCUUUCAGAUCAUCGAAGAACAAAUGUGGCAUUAACUAGAGCUAGAUAUUGCUUGUGGAUUUUGGGAAAUGGAUCGACUUUGAUGAAUAGUGGCUCUAUUUGGAAGUAUAUAGUUGUUAAUGCUAAAGACCGUGGUCGUUUUUACAAUGCUAGUGAAGACAAAAACUUGGCUCAAGCUGCCAUGUUUGCUUUAGUUGAGCUUCGUCAGUUUAAUAACUUAUUCAAUAAGGAUUCAUUUCUUUUUAAUGGGGUAAAAUGGCAGGUAAGGUUUAAUGACAAGUUCUUGGAGACAAUUGCGGGAUUCAGGGACUCUAUUUGUAAGGAAGUGGUUACUCUUCUAGUUCAACUUUUGAGUGGUUGGCAAAAAGAUGGGAACCAUAAAGUGAACAUACCAGGAACAUGUAUGCAUAAUCUGGAAUCUUACAAUGUAACACAAGACUUGUGUUUGAUUUGGGCUGUAGAUUUUGUAGUAGAAAAUUCACUUUGCAUUCAGGUGAUAAAGAUUUGGGAUGUUUUGCCAGCCACCAAGAUUGAACAACUGGCAAAGAUAUUAGUGGAAAAGGUAUAUGGUAAUUAUACUGUCAAUAUGAUGAACCGCUGCAUGGAAAAGCACGUUGAUGGGAAGUUGAUGCUUCCAAUUACAUGGCCUAUGAAUUCAGACUCUGAUAUAAGCUGGUCCUUCAAAAAUCAUUUAGAUGCAACAAGAGCUACAAGUGUUUGGAAUUCCAGAUAUAAAAGGAUGAAAGGUACUUAAUGGGACGUAGCUAUGGAACUGAUUGGACCAACUUGAUAAAAUUGCACGGGCUACAUUGGGCCUGCUUCACAUGCAACAGUUUACUAAAGUUAUGGCAGAAGUGAAGGAAAAUGAAAUAUUGGUGUAAGGUUUCGGCGCAAAAAGUUCAGUAAACACCACCGGAGUUGUUCAACUAUAUAUAUCAAUGAUUGUGCUUUUAUUAGCUAGCUAGCAACAAUUGGCCAGAUCAUAACAGUUAGUAGUUAGUCUUAAAUGUAUUGAUCGCUGCGU